AUGACCAUCUAUCUAUCUAUCUAUCUAUCUAUCUAUCUAUCUAUCUAUCUAUUAUAUCUGUACAUAACUAUCUAUCUCUCUCUUUAUCUAUCUAUCUAUUAUAGUCUAUGCAUAUCUAUCUAUCUAUCUAUCUAUCUAUCUAUCUAUCUAUCUAUCUAUCUGCUUUCGUACGUCUUCUUGUUUCUCCAUCUUUCUUCAUUUUGCAAUUUCUUUAUACAAACAUAUUACCAUAAUACUUAUUUCAUUCUUUUGCUACCACGAUUUUCUUUUUCUUCCAUUUUCUUUUUCUUCCAUUUUCUUUUUCUUCCAUUUUCUUUUUCUUCCAUUUUCUUUUUCUUCCAUUUUCUUUUUCUUCCAUUUUCUUUUUCUUCCAUUUUCUUUUUCUUCCAUUUUCUUUUUCUUCCAUUUUCUUUUUCAAUUUUAACCUUGCUUAUUUUUGUAUAUUCUCCUGUAUUCUUUACCCCCAGUCUCACCUUCCUUUUAUUCUCUUCAUAUCUCGCACCUCUCGCCUGUGGAACUCCCUUUUCCUGUUUCCCUGAUAGCUAUAAUCUCCAACUAUUCAAAACUUUAUUUUAUAUCUAUCUAUCUAUCUAUCUAUCUAUCUAUCUAUCUAUCUAUCUAUCUAUCUAUCUAUCUAUAUGUGCGUAUACAUAA